GUCGCUAGCUCUCUCUCUCUCCAUGGCUAGUGUGGAUGUUGUCCCAGAUCACAGUUCCGAUGAGCAAAUUGAGAAGAAGGAAAAUGAAGAACUAAAGACUGCUGAACACUGGGUUAUUCCUCCAUCCGAUGAAAAUAAAGUGAUUGAUGGAGAAAAAAAGGCCAAAGCUGAGGAAUCUGUAAGUGUCAAGGUACCUAUUGAAUCAGAGGAAGAAGUAGCAAAUACACAGAUUGUGCCCCCUGUGCUUACAGAUGCUGAAAGAGUUGAUAAGCUUGAUGAAGCCCCUGAUUCAGAUGUUCCAGUUACAGAUGAAUCAAAAGUGGGAGUAACUCCUGAUUCAAAACCAGAUAUAUCCUCUGUUCCAGGAUCUGUUGUUGAGGCUGUUGAAAAAGAAACUGAGGAUUUAGCAAAGAUACCAGAUGUUACUGAAUCAUCGAUUGAAGCCGUAGAGAAACCAGUGGAACACUUGGAAAAAUCUCCUACAAGAGAUUCAGACUCUGAAGUGGGAAAAGAGCCAGAAGAAGUUUCUGUGGAGGAGCUUAAAAUGGUAGAAAAACCAGAAUCAGUUGUGGAAGUGACAAAGAAACAACAAGAACAGUCUGAACAAUUUGAGGAAAAGUCUCAGAUGCUUCAGCCUAAGGAGAGCGUGGAUAGAGAUAUCACCAUUGAUGGAGGGACUGAAGUUGAUGAGUCCUUGUAUGAAGACGUUACCAUUCUGGAACCUAUAAUGGUAGAAAAGGCAGAAUCAGUUGUUCAGGUGGUAGGAAAACCCGAAGAGGCUGGAGAGGCUGAGGAGAAAUCUGUGAUGCUUAAGCCAAAAGAAAGUAUCGAUAAUGAUAAAGGAAAAGAUAAAGAGACUCAGGCAGACGAGUCCUUGAAGAAAGAAGUUUCUGUAGUAGAACCGAAAACACUAGAAAAGUCAGGAUCAAUUGAUGAGAUGGGAGGAAAACCACAUGAACAGGCUGAAGAAGUUGAGAAGAAAUCUGAGAUGCUUAAGCCUAAGGAGUGCAUUGACAGUGACGCAACAAAAGAUGAAGCAACCUCAAUUGAUAUGGUCAAGAAGUCUACUGAGCCCUUGAAGGAAGAAGAGGUCACAAAAGAUCAGGACCUUGCUGCAUCUGAAUCAGAUACUGUUGCUUGUGCUGGUCAGGAAGCAGAAUCUGGUCUGAAAGAUGGAAUGAGAUCUGUUACUCCCGAUGUAGUAGAAAAUGUUUGUGUUGAUGAUACUGAGAAAGAAGUUGGGGUUGAUGAGGAGAAGACAGCUGUGCAAGCGGGGGAUUGCGAAGCAAAUAAGGAAGAGAAAGUUGUGAACAUUGAAGAGAGCAAAGACAAGGAUAUGAAAAUAGAGGAGCUGACCCAACCUGAGCAAACAGAGACCAUUGAAGAAAAGGAAGCAACGGAUAUGAAAAUUGACGAGAAUGAAGAAAAUAAUGUCAAAAAAGAGGACUUGAUGCUUCCCAAGCCAAUAGAAACCAAGGAUGUGGAUGGCUCCUAUGCGGCUACUGAAGCUGCUGAAAAAUCUUCUGAGGAACAGGGUGCUUCUAGAGAUGUUGAAAUGGUCAUUGAAGAGAAGAAAGAGCAAGAUGCCAGAGUUGAUACACCAGACUUAAAUGGAAAAGUGGAUGUGGUAGAUACUAAUGUUGUCAAUGAACCCACUGCAGAGUCCAAAGAGUUAGAGUUUGAAGGGAAGGUGGAGGAAGCUAUACAGUCCUGUGUAGAUAAUGUGGAUAAAAGAGAAGUGGUGGCGGAGGAAACCACAAAAUCUGGUGCUCCAAAUAUGGAAGUAUCCAAAAUUGAGGAUAACUCAAAAACAGAUCAGGAACCUCCUAAACAAGAAGUUUCAGUGAAGCCCUCUCAAAAACAAUCUAAUAACAUCAUAUCAAAGGUGAAGCAGUCAAUUGUGAAGGUCAAGAAGGCAAUCAUUGGGAAAUCUCCAAGCUCAAAAACCCUCUCUUCUGAAGCCAAGGGUGAUAUACAAGUUAAAUAAUGGACAAGGGCUGAGGGAAGCUUCUAUUUGAAUUGCCAAAUGUGUUUUCUUCUGGUGAUUGGAGUGUCAUAGAUGCUGUAAAUGUCAAGUUUGCUGUGUCUUCCAUCGGGUGCCCGUGGGAUGGCAAGUGGGUGUAUAUAAAAGGUAUGGGGCCCUGAACUAGCUCUGUCUGUGUGUGAGGAUUUUGAUGGUUUUCUGUUCCUAUUUAUUGUAGCUGUAAGUAUUGCUUGUAUUCAUUGGUGUUUUGUUUUGAUCAGUACUUAUGGCGUUUGUGACGCAUCAGAUAUUUCGCAACUGAUCUAUUGAUGUAUGUUUUUAGUAUUGAAGUUGUGAUUAAUAAUUUGAUAUUAUUCUUUUACCAUGU